UAUAUGCUUGUGUAGGUUUCAGAACAACGGAUGCUACGAAAUAAUCUUCAUCGUAAUUAUGGGUAUUGUAGCUAAACCAUAAUGAUGCUUUCUUGUUGGAAAAUAUUUUCAGUGACAUGGCUGUUUCUUCUGAUGUUGUUUUUCUUAAUCUGCCUCACAAUAUCAGGUGUAAAGGUAAUUGGUCAGGAUACAACAGUCUUAUAUGGAGAAAACAUCACUUUGUCUUGUCAGCUGACUGACACUGAUGACCAACUAACUCGAAUUAUAUGGAAGAAAAAGACACAAGAAGACCCUGAGGAGAAGUUUUUCUUUUCCAUUCGCCCUGGUGACAAAACUGAACACUCAAAUGGAUUGGGGGAAAGAGUCCAAUACAUAGGGAAAUUUGCAGAGAAAAAUGGAUCAAUUCAGCUGCUCAGAAUGAGGCUUCUGGAUGAAGGGAUCUACACAUGUAUCUUCAACUUACUUAAUAGUGGGCCAUUUGAGACAAACAUCAAGGCCACAGUUUUUGCUCUUCCUGUGGGUAACGUGAAAGGGGAGGCACCUGUUGCAGGAGAUUUAGAGGUGAUGUUGGCAUCAUGCUUUGCCUCUAAUGCACGGCCUGAAGCAGAAGUGAUGUGGAGAUUAGGAGAUCUGGAAAACACUCUGAGGACUGAAACCAAUCAGACAGUGAACUCCAAUGGGACCGUUACAGUUGUGUCCUACCUACUGGGUGUCCCACUCAAACAUUUAAACAAGAAGAACGCCCAGUGUGUGGUGAAACACAGAACCCUGGGAGAGGAACUUGUGCUGAACUACACAAUAAACAUCCACUAUCCUCCAGAGUCAGUGAUGAUAAUUCCUGACAGUCCAACAAAUGCUAAAGAAUUCAUAUGUACAGUGGAUAGUAACCCAGAACCAAACGACUACAUCUGGACUAGGUAA